AUGUCUUCCGGACACCAACGCUCGAUGAACACGAACCAGCCCUCCGCAAGUCAUAACUCAGCCCGGCCCAAUCGUGUUGUUCUACCUCACUUCUCUGAUAUCCUGCAGCCGCGAUCUGCAGCACCGUCCACCUCAGUUAGACGAGUCAACGCCGGACAGCACGACUCUCAUCGCCCCGCUCAGUACACGAACUUGGGCUCAUCCGAAUUUCCCUUGGCAUUUGCUCUGGACGCACCGACAGACGACGCGGUCACACCAUACAUCCCAGAAGACGCCCCACGCCGCCGCGAGACCGCACCAUGGCAAAUAACGGUCCCGACGACAAGAAUCACCCCCCAGCACAUAAACCUCAUCACCCCCGCCAAGCUCGAGGCCUACGACGACCUCGCCAUCUUCGCCGGCCCCGCAUCUCCCCUGCCCACCGUCGCCUUCUCUCCCGCCAUCGACCUCGGCGAGCUGCUGUGGUUCUACGGCCUCGACUUCCCCAAGGCGAAGAGGACCUUUCGCACGGACCGCGAUCUGCGGAGAAGAUGGUGCUCCGCGGUGCUCAGGGAGCGCCAGUGCCGCGCGUGUCUCCACGACCACUGUCGCGCGGACGGCAGCGUCGACUACCACGUCGGGCUCGGGCAGCGCCGCUGCGCGUGGGCUCAAUGUCCCUUCGUCGUCCCUCAUGAAGUCGGGGACGAUAAGGCGCCCAGGGCGUUGUCAGCGCAUAUGGCGCUGACGCACUUUUGCCAGACGCUGAUGUGCCCGCUGUGCAAGCGCGCGUUGAAGAUCGCGAAGGAGAGCGGCUUUUUGGCGUAUGAUGUGAUUGCGAAGCAUCUGGCGACCGGGCUUUGUUUGGGACUGGCAAAAUAUGCGCUUGAGAAGGCUCAACCUGUUCCUCGCCCGAAUUUGGGUGCGGACCCCGGGAUCGUGGAAGGUGAAGAUGCGCCGCGUUUCCGAGUUUGA